AUGGGUGAUAGUCAGUACUCCUUUUCGCUUACUACUUUCAGCCCUUCAGGGAAGCUUGUUCAGAUCGAACAUGCACUGACUGCAGUUGGAUCUGGUCAAACAUCAUUGGGAAUUAAAGCUGCUAAUGGUGUUGUGAUUGCUACCGAGAAGAAAUUACCAUCCAUCCUGGUUGAUGAGACAUCGAUGAAUAAAAUUCAGAAUUUGACAUCAAAUAUCGGAGUUGUGUACAGUGGCAUGGGCCCUGAUUUUCGAGUUCUUGUUCGGAAAAGUAGGAAGCAAGCAGAGCAGUAUUAUCGACUUUACAAAGAAGCAAUACCUGUUACACAACUAGUCAGGGAGACGGCUGCAGUUAUGCAGGAAUUUACUCAAUCAGGUGGAGUUAGGCCUUUUGGUGUUUCACUCUUAGUUGCUGGUUACGAUGACAAGGGUCCACAACUCUAUCAAGUGGAUCCAUCAGGUUCAUACUUCUCCUGGAAAGCUUCAGCUAUGGGAAAGAAUGUUUCUAAUGCGAAGACGUUUCUUGAAAAGAGGUAUUCAGAGGAUAUGGAACUUGAUGAUGCUGUUCACACUGCCAUUUUGACCCUCAAAGAAGGGUUUGAAGGGCAAAUUUCUGGGAAAAACAUUGAGAUCGGUAUUAUUGGGAGUGACAGGAUAUUUAGAGUUCUGGAUGCAGCUGCGGUUGAAGAUUACCUGCGGGAAGUGGAGUAG